UUUUUUAAGGUUUUAUUUAUGUAUUUAGAGUAUUUAGAGACAGAGCACAAGCCUGGGGAGGGACAGAAGGGAAGACGAGGGGGAACAUCUCCACCUCUGGUCUCCACGCAGGGCUCAAUCCCAAGAUCCUGCGGUCACAACCUGAGCCAAAACCGACCGAGCCACCCAGGUGCCCCUUGCCUAAGUGGAUUCUUAAAGAUAGAAGAGUUCUGGUCCAGCUUUGGCAUCAUAAGCCUACUCUCGUCCAUCUCUCCCACUAACAACUAAAAACUCAUGACAAAAUUCAGGUAACAACUGCCCCAGGACUCUGAAAAGUAAAACACUGCGAAGGGGAGGCCUUGGAAAAGAAACCUGGAAGAGGAUGGGCUUCCUGGCCUAUUUUCCUCUUUUUUUCUUGCAGUUUUGUCCUGAGAGGUCUCAUGUGAGGACGGCUGGGUAGCUGCAUGGGUAGCUAACACUGUGAUAGAAACCCUGUCCCUCCAUCCAGGGAACUGAGGAAAGGGUCCUCUGUGAGUUGGGAAGUGAGUAGGGACGAGAGAGAGGACAGGGUACAGAAAGUGAUUCCUAAUUUUGUGUGGGAACCACUGUAAAUCUUCGAUUCUCUGCUGAGUCGCCCUUGUCUGCAAGACACCCAACGCAGCACAGCAAAGGCCCUGACAGCUAGCCGUCGAACACCGUGGGCCAAAGCUCAGACUUGCCCGAGUGGCACCUGUUCGGGACAGACCCAGAGCAACAGAGCAGAGGCUGGGAAAGCUGAACUGAGAUCGAAACCAUCACCCACCCUUAAGCAGAACCUGCUAUGCUCUUUAAUACAGACACCUGCAGUUUCAGCCACAUCAGUCUCUUCUCAAAGCGGCCUUCCGUGACCCUGACGUCUAAAGCAGGUUCUGCUACGGCACAGCAUCUGUGCUUGGAGGGGAUGAGUGUUGCUAUACUGGGACCGACUUUUCAAGAUUUGGCAACAAACGUGAACCGCAACAUUAGCAGUCUUUCUCUGAUUUUUGUGGGCCGUGCUUUUGGGUUUUUGAGUGGCUCUGUGAUUGGUGGAAUUCUUCUUGACAAUAUGAAUCAUUUUCUACUUUUGGGAAUGUCAAUGUUGGCUACCACAGUUGGUCUUUAUCUUGUUCCCUUUUGUAAGACAGCGGUGUUAUUGAUCAUCAUGAUGUCCGUCUUUGGUGUUUCAAUUGGCAUUCUGGAUACAGGUGGUAACGUCCUAAUCUUGGCUAUUUGGGGGGACAAAGGAGCCCCACACAUGCAGGCCUUACACUUCAGUUUUGCCUUGGGUGCCUUUUUGGCUCCACUGCUGGCUAAAUUGGCCCUGGGCACGACGACGGUGUCUGCUGCAAACCACACAGAGGCUGACUCUAACCACUCUGCUCUCAACCAGUCAUCUGAAGCGGACUCAGAAUCUCUCUUCAGAGUACCUGACAAUAUGAAUUUACUGUGGGCGUACGCUAUUAUCGGUACUUACAUUUUUGUAGUUUCUCUCUUUUUUUUCGCUCUGCUUUUUAAGAAAAGCUCAAGGCAGGAGAAAGCCAAAGCAUCCGCUCAGAGGUCUCGAAGAGCUAAAUACCACAAUGCCCUUCUUUGUCUCCUUUUCCUGUUCUUCUUUUUCUAUGUUGGAGCCGAGGUAACGUACGGUUCUUACGUUUUCUCGUUUGCGACCACCCAUGCUGGCAUGAAAGAAAGUGAAGCGGCGCUGUUGAACUCCGUCUUCUGGGGCACCUUUGCAGCCUGCAGGGGCCUAGCAAUCUUUUUUGCUACAUGUUUACUACCUGGAACCAUGAUUGUGUUAAGCAACAUCGGCAGCCUGGCAUCAUCCUUACUGCUGGUGCUUUUCGACAAGAGCCCAGUUUGCCUCUGGAUAGCGACUUCGGUGUACGGGGCCUCGAUGGCAACCACGUUUCCUAGUGGUGUUUCUUGGAUUGAGCAGUACACGACCAUCCAUGGGAAAUCUGCCGCAUUUUUUGUCGUUGGUGCUGCCUUGGGAGAAAUGGCUAUUCCUGCGGUAAUUGGAAUUCUUCAAGGGCAGUACCCUGAUUUGCCUGUAGUUCUGUACACCAUUUUGGGGGCCUCGAUAGCCACUGCUGUUUUAUUUCCCGUGCUCUAUAAGUUAGCCACCUCCCCUCUCAAUCAACAGCGAAAAGAACACAGGAAAAGCGAGGACCAGAAAGCUUUGCUGUCUAGUUCUGAGCUAAAUGACUACGAGGAAGAGAAUGAAGAAGAAGAUGCAGAGAAAUGGAAUGAAAUGGAUUUUGAAGUGAUUGAAAUGAAUGAUACAAUGAGAAAUUCUGUAAUAGAGACAUCUAGAAAUGUCCUGACAAAGCCCGUAGCUGAAAUCUCCAGUCAAUCCCACUCCAGUGCAAGAGUGUUCGAGUCCUCUCCAGCUAACAGUGGCAAGUCCCCUGUAAGUCACCUUGCAAGAAACCAGUGUAAAAGGGACUAACGCCGAGAGAAGAUGGAUUAUUUACUGACCUCCUUGAAUAACCUCUGGUUCUAAAGAAGCCAGUUAAAGCAGAGCAUUAACAGAUUUUCAACAUGCUCUGGGGAUCAAAAUUCCUAGGUCAGAGUAUAUAGCAGAUGCUACAAAGUUUUGCAAGGUUCUGCAAUUCCCAGAGUUUUCCAUAAAGAAUGAAUGGCCUCGGUCUCGUACAGCAGGGUCUUGUGAGGCUAGUGUUUGGCAUGUGGCUGAUGAGGUAAUGUGUUACGAUCUCCACCCCUCAGAGCACGCAGAGAGGGUGUUGUUGAGAAGCUGGGUGCCGUUCUGAUAGCAUGAAACCUUCUAGUAGUUGAGCCGAGUAGCUGAACAAAUGAUCAGUCAUCAGCAUUCUAUCAGGGAAGUGGAGGAGUGUUGUUUCAUAAAAAGAACAACUUUGAAAACGGACAGAGUUUUAUUUAUUGCUUUGCCCUCGCUGUAGUGUCGCACCAGAGAAUGCUCAUGCCUCAUUUGAUUUCUGAUUUCUGUGAAGAGAACACAGAGCAGGACCCCAGAGACCUGGCUGCAAACCUUGACUGUUGCUUACUAGUUUUCCGGCCCUGCACUCGGUCACUUUACUUGAGUAGGGCCUUGUUUAUCUGUCUCCUGAUCUGUGAUUUUAUCAGUGAAAAUGAGAUGAUUUUCAAACUAGGAAUCCUUAAGUUUUAAAGUCUGUGCAAGAAAAAAAAAAAGUUUGUGCAAGAUGUCAGAAAUUCACAUGUGCCAUCCAUUCUUCAUUUCAAAUGAGAAGUGAAACAAAAUUGAUAGUUGUAAGAAUUCUACUGAUUAUGAAUCUAUGCCCGUUUCAGAGACUCCGUGUUUAAUGACUAUCUGCAAAACACAUUUUUCAGUAUUGUGUUUCAUCAGUUCUAAGAUGCACCCUUUUCUACCUUUUUUCCACAACUUUAACAUCUCUGAAAGUCAGUAGUCACUUAACAUCGUGACGAAAUAUAAUCGACAGUUUAUCCGUAUACAUAUCCAAAGCAAUGUUGCAUGUUACAAUCAGUGUCUUACAGUAAUUCAUUCAAUUAGGAGAUUUUACUAUUUUUACAGAUAUUUUAAAAAGAAAAGUUAUUUUUAUAUGCUGAUUUUCUUGAUGUUCAAAUGGGAUUUGGAGAUGCAAUGUUCCGACUUUACAGGCUGUUUCAGAGUUACUAGGUUAGUAAUAGGGUGAGUAAUUGGUAAUGGAGUCUGAGUCUGAGCCUUGCUCUUCCAGGACUUGCUCCUCAUUGCGUCCGGCUGGUCAUCACAUUGUAAGCGCUGUGAACUAGGCUGCAGUUUAAUUUACAAAGAGGCACAGUCUUUUGCAGUGUUUGGAUUAUUUGUAUCACCCACGCAGGGUUCUUCUGGAGUUUGAAAUACCCGGGAGACCAAAUAAUGAUUAGAAAGGGGCUUGGUGGCUAGGAGUCAGGGAUCGCAAAAGGUACUUUGUAUGAGUGUGGCAAAGCUGGUGUGAGCUCUCUCUCUCUCUCUUUUUUUUUUAAAGAUUGUAUUUGAGAGAGAGUGAGAAUAAGAGAGAUCACAAAGGGAGAGGAAGAGGCAGAAGCAGACUCGCCGCUGAGCAGGGAGCCUGAUGUGGGGCUUGAUCCCAGGACCCUGAGGUCAUGACCUGAAUCAAAGGCAGAGGCUCAACUAACUGAGCCACCCAGACACCCCGUGAGCUCUCUUUUGAUAAAGCACUGAUGGCAGCUUUUGUUUACUUCCCUUUACCACGUUUUAUGGUGAAGAACAUUUAAUUUCUACCUGUUUGCAUUCUUUGCCUUCUCUUAUUUAUCUAAUUUCUACAAGUUUGCGUUUGUUUUUUCUUGAGUGAAAUACAGUAUCUUUUUUGACCACUGCCCAUCCACCUUCUAUACCACAAUAUGGGUUUGUAUAUAAUCUAGCAAUUUUAGAGAGGGCCGUUGGAGAAAUUAACAGUAAAAAUUCUAUUCUUGCUCUUUUUUGUACUUUGCUUUUCUCUUAGCUAGACCUUGGAGACCACCUGUGUUCCAUAUAUGCUUUUUCUCAGGUUGUUGGAAGUUAGGCAGUAGAUGCUAUUCGGCAGCUGGGAGGCUUGCUAGAACAGGGAUUCAAUCUGCAGCAUCUACAUUUAAGGGGUAGAAGAUGUGGCUCAGGGAGAGAAGGACGAUUAUAAGAACAUGGCCAGAAAUUUGGAAAUCCUCACUGGAAAAUCCACUGGAGUUCCACAAACCAAAAUGUGAAUGGCCAUAUGAGAUUACAGGCAUUGUUAAAGUUUGAUGAAGUAUUUCCAUAUUGGAAGGAUAAGACUUAGUACAAUUCCAAGAAUUAGCAUUCAUUCUAAUAAUCAGUUCUUAGGUAGGUGUCUGCUGAUGCACAAGUAGCCAAUACUGAAGUAUUCUUUUGCUGAAUAACAGAUUUAUCAGUUUACAACAACAGACAUUUUUAAGUAGGCUCCAUGCCCAGUGCAGAGUCCAGCAUGGGGCUUGAACUCACAGCCAGGAGAUCGAGACCUGAGCUGAGAUCGAGAGUCGGUUGCCUAACUGACCAAACCACCCAGGCACCCCAACAACAGACAUUUUUUAUCUCACAGUUUCUUGGGUCAGGAAUUUGGGCAUGACUUCCCUAGGUCAUGACUUCCCUCUGCUCAGGGUCUCAUGAGACUGCAGUCAAGCUGUUGGAUAGAGCUGUGCUCUUUUUUUGGAGCUUUGGGUUCUCUUCAAGGACCCUGUAUGUGGUUGUUGACAGUAUUCAGUUCCUUGCUGUGGUUAGGCUGAGGUCCCUGUUUUUUGUCUGGCUGUGAACUGUCACCAGUUGGUUGACAGUUCACCAUUCCUAGAACCAACCAUCUAGGGCCAUGCAGCCCUCUGCAGACCUCUCACAACAUGGCAGCCUAUUUCUUCAAAGCCAGCGGGGGAAUCUCUCACCUGGGUCUGCUAAGCUGGAGCCUUCUAUAACAUAAUAUAAUCCCAGGAGUGGCGUCCCAUCACCUUUGCCAUAUAAUCUUGGCUAGAAGCAAGUCAGGGUUCUACCCAAACUCAAGGGGAGAGGCUAGUACAGAGAUGUGACUCAUCCGGGACCCCCUAGAGUGAGUUUGCUACAGUCUUGGUACCUGAAAAACAGGUUCAAGAGAACUAAAAAGUUUGAGCUGGGGACAAGAAGCCCUCAGUAGUCAUCACGAGUGAUUACAGAUACCAAACUGAGUGAGCUAGUGUGGGCGCGGAAGGCUCCCCGUAUGGCAGGCCCACCAGCCUGAUAGAGGAGACUCUGUGGGGCAAUAGAUGGGUUCACUCAGAGUUAGGCACUUUUUCCCCUUGACAUUUUAUGUUCCUUCCCACUGUGCUUUUAACUUGUUCAGAUGCAACUUUCUAUGAGGGAAAUCGGUACAUUUCACUUGAGUUGUAUUUUCAUAGUGAAAUCCAAGAACACUUUUGAGAGCAUCUUUCGGUUACUCUUAUUUUUUAAAGAGAAAUGCUUUUUUAAAAAUCAGUUUUUUAUCAUAAAAGUAAUGAAGAUGUUAAAAAGUCAUGCUGGAAGAUUAGGGAAGUACAUAAAAAUGAAAGGGACAGGUAUAAAAAUUUAUACCAAGUUUUUAUUUAUUUUUUUAAAGUAAGCUCUAUGCCCAGUGUAGGGCUUGAACUCACGACCCAAGAUCAGUAGUUGUCUGCUCUAACAACUGAAUCAGCCAGGUGCCCUUGUAUAAGUAAUUUAUAAUUCUAAACACCUAGAAAGUUUCUUAACAUUUCUCAUCAACAUAAUUUCCGGGGUAAAGGGAUUAAAAAAAAAAAACUCCCCCCUACCAGAUAAAGUUUCAGAAACAACUUGAAUUUUUGUGUCCAGAUUGUAUUGACACUGUAGCCGAUGGACUGGUUAUUAGUUUGAAGAAUUGUAAUUUAUUAAAAAAAACACACACACAACAAGCCUAAUUGAUCACUGUAGCAACACACUCCUGAAGACUGUGUGAGACCGGGAUUACGUGUAAAGUGAGCGCGUUUCAGGUAGAACCAUUGAGUAAUGUGGAUAGCUGUCUCAUAACCAGAACUUUUGGUUUACCAUAGCAGUGUAUCACUCCUGCCACUUAAAAGUUCUCUGUUGUUUGUUUGUUUUUAAGAUUUUAUUUAUUCAUGAGAGAUACAGAGAGAGGCAGAGACAUUGGCAGCAAGAGAAACAGGCUCCAUGCAAGGAGCCUGAUGCUGGACUUGAUCCCAGGACCCUGGGGUCACAACCUGAGCCAAAGGCAGAUGCUCCACCACUGAGCCACCCAGGGACCCCGAGCUUAAAAUGCUUGAUGGCAGUAGCCAUGUCCCUCUGGGAUACCCUGUAUCUGUGUUUGUUACGUGCCGCUUGUUUUGUUCAUGGUGCUGUGAAUGUGUUUGCAUAUGUGAACUCACAGAUAUUACAUGUGUUUCAUGUUCUCCUACACUGGGGGGGGGCACAGUGGGGGUAAAGGUAGUCGAGAAGAGAUACAAAAAAGUUUAUGAUUCCAAGUUUGUUAGAAAUGGCUCUUUUUUAAUUGAAAUUGUUAUUGCGAUUAUUAUAGAUUUGCGUGCAAUUGUGCGUAGGGUUUCUUUCUUUCUUUUUUUUUUUUUUUACAAAUUUGCUGAACGAGGGCUACUUGCUCAAUCUGGAGGGUAGAGAACUAGACUAAUGCUUCUCAUAGUUUAAUGUGCAUUUGAAUUGCUUGUUAAAAUACAGAUUCUAAUUGAAUAGCACCUGGGGUAGGCGCUGGGAUUCCAUAUGUCUAACGAGCUCUUAUGGAUGGGAAGCUGUUGCCCUGUGGACUGACCACAUUUCGGGUAACAGGAUUCACUUUUUUUUUUUUUUUAAUUUUUAUUUAUUUAUGAUAGUCACAGAGAGAGAGAGAGAGAGAGAGAGAGAGGCAGAGGGAGAGGGAGAAGCAGGCUCCAUGCACCGGGAGCCCGAUGUGGGAUUCGAUCCCGGGUCUCCAGGAUCGCGCCCUGGGCCAAAGGCAGGCGCCAAACCGCUGCGCCACCCAGGGAUCCCCCAGGAUUCACUUUUUGAGAGGGUCAAAUUCUUUGCUACUUUUGGGAAUUCAGUUUGUUUUGUUUUUGCUUUUCUUAAUCUGACCUUAAAUCUGUAGGAGUCUGUAGUUCCCAUGCACCCCCUUCUCUCUCUUGCACACAAACUCUAGGACUCUAUUCUGAAUUCUCUUCAAUCCUCUCCACUUACUGCAUUGACUGUUGAAUAUUUAUUUCUUAUGUCUGUUGAAUGCCUCCUAUUUGGCACUCUCUGUGAGAGGUGCUAUGUGUACAUUGGUGGGAAGGUCAGAAGGUUCCUGCCUCCAUGGAACAUACCCUCUAUAGAAAUACCGUCCAGUAGAAUUUCCCACAGUGAUGGGAAUAUUUUAUAUCUGCACCGCCAGGUAGCCACUGGCCACAUGUGGUGAAUUGACUCCUUGAAAUAUGGCUAGUAAGACACAGAAAAUGAUUUUUUUUAAAGAUUAUUUAUUUAUUCAUAGAGACAGAGAGAGAGAGAGAGAGAGCAGUCACCAUGCAGAGAGCCUGACGUGGGACUCCAUCCAGGGUCUCCAGGGUCACACCGGCAGGCGGCACUAAACUGCUACGCCACCGGGGCUGCCCAGAAAAUGAAUUUUUAAAUUUAAAUAUCUAUCUUAGUUGAUGACUGCUAUAUUGGAUAACACAGUCUUUUUUUUUUUUUUUAAGAUUUUAUUUAUUUAUUCAUGAGAGAGAGGUAAGGACACUCAGAGGGAGAAGCAGGCUCCACGCAAGGGGCCCGAUGUGGGACUCUAUCCUGGGACUCCGGGGUCACGCCCUGAGCCAGAGGCAGAUGCGCAACCACUGAGCCACCCAGGCGUCCCUGGAUAGCACAGGUCUAGUGGAGGAAACAAGAUAUCAAACAAGUAAUCACACAAGGUGUUUCCAGGAAGUCUUUAUUUUGUUAUAUUAGAAAUUUGCAAGUAUCUGGGGUCAGAAAGAUUGUGUUAGAUGCCUUCUCAAAUGGCCUGAUAUAAAUUAUCACGGGACCUAAGGAAAGGCUGGUUUUACUGGGUCCUAAUGGUAGACAGUGGUGUUUAGUGAUCCAAAGGAGAAGCUUUGCCUUUCCUUGUGUGUUGUGGAAGCAAACCAAGGCCGGGCACCUUGGUUGUCAGGAGGAUUUAAACCCCUUCCCUUAAAAAAUAAAAAUAAAAAAAAAAUAAACCCCUUCCCUUUAUGCACUUUGGCUAGUUGGCAUUUGAGCUAGGUUGAACUUGACUUGGAUUUUUAUUUAGCUGUAGUUUCAUACUUAAUGAGUUAAAAUGUUAUAACACUGAAUUUUUGCAAAGAGAAUUUUUGUGCAUUUUUUUCCCUGCAACUUUCAACAUUUUUUUGGUGAUUGUCUUAAUCAUGUGUUGUCAUGUCCUCUAUUUUCUGCCUUGUUUCUUUCUUUCAGUUCUUGCAGAGAAGAUCCCUUAGGUCCUUGCAGUGUAGUUGUUAAUGUAUUGUUUUUCUUUUGGCUUAUAUUUUUACUUGCAAAAAUGCCUUUCGUGUCCGGUCUCUGACUUUAUGGCAACUUGCCUUCGAUGUGUUCGAUUAUGUUAGUUAAUGGAUGGCCUGGAGAAGUGUUGAAGUUGUUCGACGACAUGAAUGGUGAGCUUUUUAGCCUCUGAACAACUUGUUGAGAUUGCAAGGUGCUCUUAAAAAUAAUUUAUUUUCAAGUGUGAUAAAAUAGACAUAACAUGUACCGUCUUAGCCAUUUUUAAGUGUAUAAAUUCGGUGGCAUUCCUACACUCACAUUUUUGUGCAACCAUUACUGCUUCAUUCACAAAACUGAAACUCUGAUGAGCACUGGGUGUUAUGCUAUAUGUUGGCAAAUCAAACUCUAAUAAAAAAAUAUACAAAAAAAAAACCCACUGAAACUCUGGAACUCAUUAAACACCGUAUCUCUCCAUUACACCCUCGAAUGAGCCCUGACAAAGAGCAGUCUACUUCCUAUCUCUACAAUUUUCACUACUCUAAGUACUUCAUAUGAAUGGCAUUAGACGGUAUUUGUCCUAUUGUGACCAGCUUAUUUCACUCCGCAUGUUAUCUUCAAGUUUCAUCCAGGUUGUAGCCUGUCAGGAUUUCCUCUGUAAGGUGGAGUAAUAGUCUCCUGAAUGUAUACUUUGCUUACGCAUGUGUCUGUUAGGGACGUUUGAGUUGCUUCCACUUUUUGGCGAUUGGGAAUAAUGCUGCUGUGAAAAUUGACGUACACAUACCUGUUUGAAUUUCUGCUUUCAGUGCUUUUGGGUGUCCCCACAAGUCUGAUUGCUGGCUCAUGUGUUAGUUCUGUUUUUAAUGUUUUUGGGUGCUUUCAUUAUUUGACUUAGAUAUUGUCCUAAAUCCAUUUUUUCCAGAAGAAACCGGCUAGAGGAAGUAGAUAGAGAAACCCAUGCAUUUCGUCGUAUGGCUUCAAACUCUAGGCAGACUUUUAGGCCAUUAUAAUCAAUCAGCUUAGUGUCACCCACACGCAGAGUAGUGAAAGGUUAUGUCCGACAUCUACCUCAAAGUUUUGUUAUCUUUGCUUCCAGUUUUUAUUCAGUCAUUUAGCAAGUGUUUGAGAGCUUACUUUGAGAUCUUACCUGUAAUGAAACCAAACCUGGACCUGUGGGAGGUUGUUCUUCUAGACAGGUUCUCACCAGUCAGUUUUGAUUUGGGGGGCUUAACGGGGUAGGGAUGGCCUUGUAGAUUGAUUACGUCUGUAUUUAAGACUGCUCACACUUACAUGGCUUUGUACAAUGAAAAAGCUUGUUUGAAUAACAUAUUGAUAUAAAUAAAUACCACUGUUGAUUUAAGAUAAAAUUGCGUUUCAUUUCAUGGGUGCUUUGGCAUCUCACCAGAAAUUC